CAGGAUUCGGAAUGAGUGACAAUAUUUCUUUGACUUGACUCCUCUUCUUCUCUGCAUCCCAGAGUUCUGUGUUGAAUGUUGUUGGAGUGCAUGAGGCCAUGGCAGAUGACAGCACACAGCCUUCCAUACGAAAGAAGUGUGGCCCGUUCAUUGCUUCUGUAACCAGCCGCAGCCUGAACCUGGUGAUCCGUGGGAUAGUUCUCUUUUUAAUUGGCGUCUUUCUGGCCUUAGUGUUAAACUUGCUGCAGAUUCAGAGAAACGUCACCUUAUUUCCACCAGAUGUGAUUACAAGUAUCUUUUCUUCAGCUUGGUGGGUACCACUUUGCUGUGGAACAGCAUCAGCUGGGAUUGGGUUAUUGUACCCCUGCAUGGACAGACAUCUAGGUGAGCCGCAUAAAUUUAAGCGAGAAUGGUCCAGUGUGAUGCGAUGUGUAGCAGUCUUUGUUGGUAUAAAUCAUGCCAGUGCUAAAGUGGAUUUUGCCAACAGCAUCCAGUUAUCUCUGACACUUGCGGCACUUUCCAUUGGAUUGUGGUGGACAUUUGAUAGAUCUCGAAGUGGCUUUGGCCUGGGUAUAGGGAUUGCAUUUCUGGCCACAUUGGUGACUCAGCUUCUGGUCUACAAUGGAGUUUAUCAAUACACAUCACCUGACUUUCUUUAUGUUCGUUCCUGGUUACCAUGUAUAUUUUUUGCUGGUGGAAUAACAAUGGGGAACAUUGGCCGGCAGCUGGCAUUGUAUGAAUGCAAAGUCAUUGCUGAAAAAUCUCACCAGGAUUGAAGACAGUGAAAUAUGAAAACUGAUGGAAGAGGACACACUUUGGAACAGUUGACACUAAAAUUGCCAAACAGCUGUUUCCUUCCACCUCUCUGCUUUCCCAGCCUGUUCCAGCCACACAAAGCACUGUUUAUUGCAAUCUGUGAUUGCUUCACCUGUAGCUCACUUGAAAAUUCUGGGCUCGAGUACAACACAUUGAACAAGAUGGUGGUCUUUUAUGGCUAAAAAAAAAGGGUAAUGGUAGUCCCCUGUGCAAGCACCAGUUGUUUUGGCUCUCGGGUGACGUUGCUUUCACAAGGUUUUCAUGGCAGACUUUUUAUGGGGUGGUUUGCCAUUGCCUUCCCUAGUCAUCUACACUUUUCCCCCAGCAAGCUGGGGACUCAUUUUACCAAUCUCGGAAGAAUGGAAGGCUGAGUCAACCUCAAGUUGGCUAUCUGAAAUCGGCUUCCACCAGGAUCGAACUCAGGUCAUGAGCAGAGCUUAGGACUGCAGUACUGCAGCUUUACCACUCUGCGCCAUGGGGUCUUCCUUUUAUGACUAGGAGACUUUAAUUUCCCGGCUAAGCUAGCCUUGCCUUAUGCCAUCUUCUUUUCCCUCUUCUCCCCAUCCCCCGUAAUGUUCCAGUGCCAAACUGACCCCGCCCCCCUUUCAGACUACUCUGUUUGCAUUUAUCUUGGACAUCUUGAGGAAUGUGGUGGUCUUGGGUUGGUUGUGUUUUAUUAUUCUUCAGGCCUGUGAUGUAGAUGAAAAUGCAUUGAUAAAAUUGAAUCAAACACAUAAUCUGGAAUAAAAAACAUAAUCCUACCACUAAUUUCCCUCCGCAGGUCAGUGGCAUAUCAGGUGCAUCGACACACAGCCAGCGCGAGGUGUCUUGUUCGGUGUGCUUUGUGCUUAGGAUGCAUAAUCAGUCUGCAGUCACAGGGCCCAUGCCUGUGGCAUCCCUAGGAGUGUGUCCUUUGCAGUUGGGCACAUCUUCCCCAGAAGGAGCACAGCUUCAAGUGCAAGCGUGGCCCCAAGGAAAGUGAUUAUUGCUGAGACUACCUGGGAAUAAAUCCUUCUGUGGACAGUGACAGUAGCUGUGCUCUGCAAAUAGGAAAAUCCCAAACUCUCCUAACUACUGAAACAUUCCUUGGUGUACUUUUUGCAGUUUUAGUCCAUAAGUAUAUGCUUUCAUGCAUUCUGUUGAGAGAAGCAUCAUUUAAUGUGAACUGUUUCUAUAAAGACUUCAUUACAUGAAUAUAUGGGAGUGCUCCUAUGCAGAAUUGCCACACAUGACUAUGGGACUUGGAGAGAAUACCUGCUCAUGCCAUAGACUGGUUACAGAUGUUUGAGGAUGGGGGUGGACAGAGGAUAUAUGUCUUAUUGGAAGCAAAGUCCAAGAGUUGUCGGUCCAAAUGAAAACUGAAGUUGAAUCCCUUCUAUACUUGGCCAGUUUUAUUACUUCUGCCACUAGAUGGCCAUUUGGGCUUUGUACUGCUUUUUAAAAAGUCAUUCUUUUAUUUUUAAAAAAUAGUGAAAAGUUUUAGAAAAACAUGCUGCAGUCCUUUGAAAAGGCUGAAGUUGGUCCAAAGAACAUCUGUUUGGAGAACAUUUAUUUUUCUUAAUAAUGUGUACAUUAUGCUCAUAACCAUGUGGAAACAGGCACAUCGGGCAGCAUUUUUAUAGCUUGCAAAUUAAUAUAUGAUGAUUAUGCAAUGUAAGUCUAGAGGAAAAUGUCAUCAGAAGGAAAA